AUGGUCGACCAGCGCGAUCGUAAUUAUCAAAGAAUUCUCUGGGUCUCGGAUGACCAAACCGUUCGAGAUUAUCAAUUGGCGACCGUCACAUACGGCACUGCGUCGGCGCCAUUUCUGGCUCUUCGUGUUCUGAAGCAGCUUCUUGUCGAUGAGGGUGACCGAUUUCCUCUAGCUUCAGCCGUUCUCAAAGAUAACAUUUAUGUGGACGAUGUGCUGUUCGGGGCUGAGGACAUUCCGUUGCUUCGUCAGGCUCGAGAUCAAGUCUGCUCGCUCCUUCAGAGUGGCGGCUUUAAAUUACGAAAGUGGGCGAGUAAUCGCGCCGAGCUUUUGACUGACAUUCCGUCAGACGAUCACGGCCUUGCUUGCAACAAAAUUAUGCAGCCUGACGAGCGACUGAGUGUUCUCGGAUUGUCGUGGACACCAGCGCUCGACGUAUUCCAAGUGCAUGUCCACGUUUCGCCCGAGGUCUCUAAGACCAAGCGGGCAAUUCUCUCGACUAUUGCCAGGCUUUUUGACCCGAUGGGCUGGGUCGCUCCAGUCAUCGUCGCGGCAAAAAUUCUCAUGCAGCAACUGUGGCGCUGCGGAUGCGGUUGGGAUGACAAAAUCCCGCCGGAUGUUCAGUCGCGUUGGACAUCCAUCUACCAAUCUCUGUCAAGCAUCGACGGCUUGACGCUGCCUCGAUGGACGAGUCGCGGUUCGGACACGGCCGGCUGCGAGCUGCACGGAUUCGCCGACGCGUCCUCCGUCGCUUACGCCGCUGCCGUGUUUAUGCGCGUCACGUCUCUAUCCGGGGAGGUGGUCGUGACGCUCCUGGCCGCCAAAUCAAAGGUGGCGCCAGUCAGGCCGACGAGCGUUCCGCGGCUCGAGCUGGCGGCGGCGGUGCUGCUCACUCGCUUGAUGGAUUUUGUGCGAGUCUCACUCGACAUUCCUACUCUCGCGUGUCACUGUUGGACCGAUUCUGCAGUAGCGUUAGCCUGGUUGAGUCGCGAUCCGUCAAGCUGGAAAACUUUUGUGGCUCACAGAGUUGCGUUCAUCCGUUCGAGGUUUCCGCCCUCUCAGUGGUGUCAUGUUCCGACAGCCGACAAUCCCGCCGACUGUGCGUCAAGAGGAUUGCUGGGUGCGGAGCUCGCGUCACAUCCCCUCUGGUGGCGGGGACCGUCCUGGCUGAGGCUCGGGGAGAGUGACUGGCCAGUCAGAGACUUCGGCAGUCAACUCAAUCCGUCGCCCCGCGAGACUCGGGCGGAGGCACGCACUACCGUUGGGCAGGCGGUAGUGGACGAGGGUUGGGACCUAGCGUCCAGAUUUUCGACAUGGCCCAGGCUCGUUCGAGUCACGGCUUAUGUCAUGCGUUUCGUGGACCGCUGUCGUUGUGGCCGGGACGCGAAUGUCGCCGAUAGCUCCCCGUCGAGCGGUCUCACCGCGGACGAGUGUCAGCGCUCCAAGCUUUUCUGA